CUGACAACCUAGACAGCUCCCCUGACUUGUCUUACUUUUCCAUCUCCACCCACCCUGCCAAACCACCCGCCAGCUCGCGCCGCGGAUGGGCCGCCGGAGGAGCCAGCGAGCAUGCGCGACCCUCCCGAGCAUGCUCACUAGUGCGCGCGGCGCCGCGGAGCUUCAGCGACCCGCGGCGGAGGCGGAGGUCUCCUCGGCUGCUGCGGCAGCGGCAGGAAGUGAAGCGGCCCGGCCGGCUGACCGCGGCACAAACAGAGGCGGAAGGGGCCCUGCGGCGACGACAUCGUCGACGGGGGUGGCCGAGAGGGCUGAGCACCUAGGGGACUCGCCGGCUCGGAAGCCGGAUCCCGGGCCGGGCAGGAUGGAUCAUCACCAGCCAGGGACUGGCCGCUACCAGGUGCUUCACAAUGAAGAGGAUAAUUCAGAACCGUCUGCCAUAGAGCAACCAUCAGCUUCCAGCCCAGCACCACAGAUGGUGCAGGGGGCUCCUUCAGCAUCAGGACCCCAGACGGAGCCCUCCCCUCCCCCUUACAGUAGCAUUACUGUGGAAGGACCUACAACUUCAGAUACAGAAGUUUAUAGUGAGUUUUACCCUGUGCCACCUCCCUACAGUGUUGCUACCUCUCUUCCAACAUACGAUGAAGCUGAGAAGGCUAAAGCUGCUGCAAUGGCAGCUGCAGCAGCAGAAACAUCUCAAAGAAUUCAGGAGGAAGAGUGUCCACCAAGAGAUGACUUCAGUGAUGCAGAGCAGCUCAGAGUGGGUAACGAUGGGAUUUUCAUGCUGGCGUUUUUCAUGGCAUUUAUUUUCAACUGGCUUGGAUUCUGCUUAUCCUUCUGUAUCACCAAUACCAUAGCUGGGAGGUAUGGUGCCAUCUGUGGAUUUGGCCUGUCAUUGAUCAAAUGGAUCCUUAUUGUCAGAUUUUCUGAUUACUUUACUGGAUAUUUCAAUGGACAGUAUUGGCUUUGGUGGAUAUUUCUUGUACUUGGCCUGCUCCUUUUCUUCAGAGGAUUUGUUAAUUAUCUAAAAGUCAGAAACAUGUCUGAAAGUAUGGCAGCUGCUCAUAGAACAAGAUAUUUCUUCUUAUUAUAGAGACUGCAUCAACCAGACAUUCCUUUGUUAUAUCAAUGUGAAAUUUCCAGAUCAUCUGUAAACCUACAACUUUAAUAGAAGACUACUAAUAAAAGAAGACAAAUUAGUCAAGAAAAGAUAGAGCUUCAAAAUUGAAUGGCAGGGUGGUUUAUGCCUAAAAGCCAUUUCUGUUCAUUCUCUUAAGUAUUUAUAUUUCAUUUGUUUUGCACAUUUGCCUAUGUGCCCAUUUAAAAGGUUUGCAUAUACUUGAAAGAAACCAUGAAGUUGUAUCAGUGAAGUCCAGUCACAUUUGGUUAAUCAGUGAUACAACUGAAAGAGUUGAGUGGUAAAUAGUCUUCCACUAUGUAAAUGCCAUUGGCUUCUGACCUGACGUUUAGUAUAAUAAAAAUGAAAUUAUUAACCAUGUCAAAUGCUUUAGUUUCUGGCUCUUAGAUUUAUCUAGUAACUCUACACAUGAAAUAAUCUUUGUUAUAUAUAAAAUUUUUUGAAAUUUGCCGUGCUGAUUAUUAGAAAGGCUUUGUCAGAUUUUUGAACAUGAUUUCACAUCAUUAUUUAGAGCAAAGCUCUUUCUGUAAAUAACCAUGCAUAAAUUACUUCCUGCAUUGUUAGAAAUUGUGUCUAGAUAUCUUUUCAUUAGUUUUAAAUUAAGUGAACUUAAUAUAUACAGAAAAAUUGGGUGUUAAAGGUAGAGUUUGUUUUAGGACAAAUUUUGAGAAAAUAUGGGUAUUCUACAUGGUCCUUUGUAAGAAUUUUUUUUUUUUUAAGGGACAUGACGGUUUUAGGGAUUCUCAAAUGAGAAGCUUGGUUUUUAUCAUUGCCCUGUUAGAAAUUCUUAUAGGAAGAGAUUGUAUUAGGUAUUGUAUUUAUUUUCAUUUAAGACAUCUUUGAAAAUUAAUUUUUUUCACUAAGAUAUUCUCAUUUGCAUUUGUCUUUUAAAAAGCCAAUAAAAGUAUCUUUCGAUAUCAUUGUUAUAAUUUUUAGAUACUUAGUUUGUUAAAUUUAGCAAAUAAAAACUUGUACUAUUAAUAGCUUCUUGCUUUAUGAUUGUAGGAUUAACUAGUAAAAAUUAUAUCCUGAAUUCAGAAGUCUGUCUGUGGAAUAUAGGGGUGUGGGUUGUGUAUGUGUGGCGAGAGUGUGACCAUUAUUACAACUGGAAUCUACUCUCUAUUCAUUUGGAGGGCUAUUACAUUUUGCAAAUCAUUUUAUGUCUCAUCUGUUUUUCUUUUCAAUUACAUCUUUGCUUUUGAAUGCCAACAAUAAAAGUGAUGGAAAUUA